UCAGACCGACCGAGAGCGUAAAGAGAGAGGGGAAAAAUUAAAAAGAGGCAAAAAAAAAAAAAAAAGCAAUUUAACUCUAAUAAUUAAUACAGCAAGAAAGAGUGACGAAAAAAAUUAAAAAAAAAAAAAAAAAAGAAAGAAGAGUGACUGUGGCUUACCCAAACCCAUAAGACCGCGCCAUGACCAUACACAGCUCCAUUACCAUCAUCCACACAGACACACAGCCCUCUGUUAUCUCGCCCUCCUCAAUGCCGUCACCGCCGUUAUCACGCUGUUAAACCCUCACUCCUCCACAAUGUCGUCGGACUCCGCCUCCUACAGUCUCUACUGCGCCGAGGACGCCACAGACCUCAACUCCUCCGACGCCGACACGUGGAUCUCCCACCACCCUCCGUACAUAUCUUGUUCAUCCCCUCAUUCUCCGCCGUCCGAUGACAACGUCGUGGCGGAACUCAUCGAGUCGGAGGUCCGAUAUAUGCCGGAAUCGGACUACCUCCGGCAGUGUCGCGACCGCUCCGUCGACGUCACCGCCCGCCAGGACUCCAUCAACUGGAUCUUAAAGGUCCACGCCCUCCACCGCUUCAGCCCCGUCACCGCCUUCCUCUCCAUCAACUACUUCGACCGCUUCCUCUCAUCCCAUUCUCUCCCCAAGCCGAGUGGCUGGCCGUUUCAGCUGCUGUCCGUGGCGUGCUUGUCGUUGGCGGCGAAGAUGGAGGAGCCACGUGUCCCGCUGCUAUUAGACCUCCAAAUGUGCGAGCCAAAGUACGUGUUCGAGCCCAAGACGGUUCAAAGAAUGGAGCUCUGGGUCAUGUCCACUCUCGAUUGGCGAUUGCGCUCCGUCACGCCCUUCGACUUCCUCCAUUUCUUCAUCUCCAAGCUUCCUUCUUCUUCCUCUCUCCGCGAAGACUCCUUUGCUCGGAUCUUCUCCGCUUCCUCCGAUCUCGUCCUCAGCACCACCCGCGUUACCGAUUUCUUAGGGUUUACACCUUCGUCGAUUGCGGCGGCGGCGGUGCUCUGCGCCGCCCGGGAAAGCUCCGAUUCUCAGUUGAGACUUUGCCAUGAAGCCACGACGUCGUUUUACUUUCACAAUGACGAGAGAGUAAACAAAGAAAUGGUUAGAAGCUGUCACCAACUUAUGGAGAACUAUCUGUUAGACACGUGUCCAGCAUGCCGCCACAAAGACCGGAGAGCCGAGCCGGUGGCGCCGCCGAGUCCGGUUGCCGUUCUCGACGCGGCGGCUUGCGGCAGCGCCCAAGCGGCCACGAUCCUCUGCACCGGAUGUACAGCAGCAUUAGGAUGA